AUGGCAAAAUGUCAAGCAGUUUGGAAUCUAUGUUCAAGGUCUCCGAAAGCCUGUGAAAUCUAUCUAGAAUCAACUGGAAAAUCCCCUACUUCUCCAUGUCCAACACGAUGGAAUUCAUAUUAUAAUUGCAUUCAAGAUCUACUAGCAGUAAAGGAUACCCUAAACGAAACUUUAAAAAAACUACAAUUGGUAAUUUUUAAAGAAAUUGAAAUCAAAUUUCUUCAUGAAUACAUAAGCUGUUCAAAGCCUAUUGCUGAGGGAAUCAGAAGUUUAGAAUGUGACAAAAAUACUUAUUACGGAUGUCUUAUACCAGAACUUGUGAGAAUGCAAAGAUUUCUAUAUAUAUUGAUAGAAGUUGUUAAAGAAAGUCUUAAUAGAAGUUUUGAGAGGUUUUAUAAAUUAGAGGAGCCAAAAGCAAAAAAUGGCACAAUAGCAUCUGUGUCUUAUCCCUUUUUCAAAAUUAAAUGGGUGCCAAAAGCCAACAGAGAAUACAUUAAAGAAGUAUUUGUUUCAGAAGUGAGAAAGAUAAAACAAGAACGUGAAAAGAGUUCCCAAGUCCAACAUAUUGACUUUAAUAAAAAGAAGGAGAGAGCAGAAUCGUAUUAUAUGUUUGUUGAGGACUCUGAUUCUUCAGCAGCCAGUGAUAAUGCCAAUACUACAAUAGAUUUGGAAGCACUACAAUAUUUAAAAGAUGAAGACAAUACUUUAGAAUCCUUGAACAAAUUUCCAAAUAUAAGAAAAAACUCUUCCUCAAAUAUAAUACCUGCUUACCAAGUUCUGCACCUGUUGAACGACUAUUUUCAGUCGGUGGAAUGA